ACAUUUGUGAUAUGCCUGUCUUUUUUUUUUCUCCUCUAGUUAAUGAAGAAGUUCCCCUGCAGACUGUGUGAACGCUCAUUCAGUUCAGCCAACAGCCUUCGUCGACAUGUCCGGAUAAUACAUGAGGGCGUCAAGAGAGUCUUCCGCUGCCCGCACUGCUCAGAGGGUAAGCGUACGUUCAGUAGUCGUCUAAUUUUAGAGAAGCACAUUCGGGUCAGACAUGGCAUCAGGGCUCGACAAACAACAGACAGACCGAAUGCUCCAAACACCAGAAAGCGUUCACUUCCGGGCGAGGGGACAGGCAGCUCGUCAGAGCUCGACAACGAGGGCGGAGCUCCACCAGUAGGGGGUGGCACCGAUACCGAUGACGUCGCAGGAGAAGACGCCUCGGGUCCGGCCAAAAGAACUCGAGUGUCUGAGAACCGGCCGCCCGAGCAGGAAGAAGACGAUGGCACGUUCCGCUGCACACCCUGCGGCUUCACCUCACAGGAUUGGGAAGAGUUCCAGCGCCACAUUCCCAUCCACUGUGAUGCGGAGAACGCGCCGAAGCAGUGCCUGCAGUGUGGCGCCUGCUUUGCCUCGGCCGGCUCGCUCAGUCGACACAAAUUCAUUACGCACCGUUUACGCCAAGGUCAGCAUGACAAUCGGGCUGGAAACGCAUCACCUGGCGCUUCGCCACAGGACGGCUCGCCAUCUUCACCUAAAGCGGGCGAGGAGGGGGAGGGAGGGGUCAGCUGCAGGGUGUGCGGCCGGCGCUUCGACAAGACCUCGGACCUUAACACGCACUUCCGCACGCAUGGCAUGGCCUUCAUCACGGCACACAGGACCGACAAGCCCUUGUAGAACGAGCGAGAUGGGACAAGACAAGGAAAAGCCCUUGCAAAAUGGGUCACGGCUUUGGACCAUCCAAGACGAGUUUAAGAUUGAUACUUAUAAUUUGGAAAAUUUCACCUGUCGUUAUGAUUGUAACGUGAUCUGUCUUCCGAAACAAAGAUAUUAAAGUUAUUUCCCCCUUUCCUCCCUGUUUGUAACAUCCUCAGCCUUUUAAAUGCAUUUACACAAGGUCAAAUUGUAUCUGCUCGAAAACUACUUUACAUCGAGCAGCUGGGCGUCUGCUGGGUUUUGCGUCAACCUACAAAAAGCAUUCAAGCAAAAAGGGUGCUAGUGAAGGUUUUGUUUUGUUUUUUUAAAUAAAGGAAAACACUGACUUUUAAAUGUAACGAUAUUGUACAGACAUUGUAGUACUGAUAUUUAUUUAUAUUGACGCAUUCAUCGGUCUUUUGAUAAUCGUUGAAAUUUAAGUGAGGUUAAAAUUGUUCAUUUUGUGCAAGGAGAUACACAGCAGACGUAUAUGAGGUCAAAGAUAGAUUGUAGUUUAAAUAGUCAAAAAAAAGGUCAAUAUAAGUAAACAUGGAUACAUUUCAUUCAUAGAUAAACUUGAGCACAUUUUAUGUGUAUAAAUGCAGUACAUUGGUUUGAUAUGGUUGUUGAAUUUGGAAAUGUGAAUAAGUUCAGUCCUUGUAUUUUUUUUUCUCCUUAGCUGAAAGUCAAUAUUGAAAUACUGCUAGUGAAUGUUUGCGUUCGGAGCCUGGUGUAAUUUUUAUGAUUUUUGUUUGAAGGAUUGCUUGUGUGUGUUUUAUGACGAAUUAUGUACAAAUAUGAAUGUCGUUUGUUUUGUUUUUUUCAUUGAUGAGUCUUUUCUAUCAGAAAGUUCUGUGCUUGUCGAAAACCACAUUUCUUAUAAAUAAUAUUGUGAUCGUGUGAAUCAUCUGUGUGAAUGUGACUUUCUAUCCCUCCAGUAAUAUAUGUAUAUGUCCCAUAUAUAGACAGUCUAUAGACAGCCAUCUUAUUCUGUGAUGACCUGCCUGUUUCACUGCCGUACAUCUGUGUCAGUUCUCUUGCCCUUCUUUCAAAUAAAACAGUAAAUUGGUAU